AUGGAGCUCUGGCCCAUUUCCCAGGGGUCGAUAUUGGGGAUUGUCCUCUUCAAUAUCUUCACUGAUGUAAUGGAUGAGGACAUUGAGAGCGCCCUCAGUAAGUUUGCAGAUGACACCAAGCAACAAGGUAUUGGUCGGCCAACUGUGUAUCAUGCUGUGGUGGUUAUAUUUCUAGAAUUCUUUGCCUGGGGCCUCUUGACAACUCCAGUGCUAAUGGUUUUACGUGAAACAUUUUCCCAUCAUAUAUUUCUAAUGAAUGGUCUUGUUCAAGGUCUUAAGGGUUUUUUGUCCUUUCUCAGUGCUCCACUGAUAGGUGCUUUAUCAGAUACAUGAGGAAGAAAAUCUUUUCUUCUUCUUACAGUUUUCUUCACGUGUGCCCCAAUUCCAUUAAUGAGAAUAAGUCCCUGGUGGUACUUCACUAUGAUCUCAGUAUCUGGAAUCUUUUCUGUUACCUUUUCUGUAAUAUUUGCCUAUGUAGCUGAUGUAACACAAGAACAUGAAAGAAUUACAGCCUAUGGAUGGGUAUCUGCCACUUUUGCAGCAAGUUUGGUAACUAGUCCUGCUAUUGGAGCAUACAUGUCUGCCAGUCAUGGAGAUGACCUUGUUGUACUAGUGGCCACUCUGGUGGCUCUUGUGGACAUCUGUUUCAUCCUGAUGGCUGUGCCAGAAUCUCUGCCAGAAAAAAUGAGAUCUGCUUCAUGGGGAACUUCCAUAUCAUGGGAACAAGCAGACCCUUUUGCAUCUCUAAAGAAAGUUAGAAAAGAUUCUGCUGUUCUCCUGACCUGCAUUACAGUGUUUCUUUCCUAUCUGCCAGAGGCUGGCCAGUAUUCUAGCUUUUUUCUCUAUUUGAGACAGACUGUGUUUCUCAAUAUUUUGAUGAGAUCAAUAGGGAACAAAAAUACAGUUCUCCUUGGCCUUGGCUUUCAAAUCCUUCAGUUGGCUUGGUAUGGUUUUGGAUCUCAGUCUUGGAUGAUGUGGGCAGCAGGAACAGUAGCAGCUAUGUCAAGCAUUACAUUCCCAGCAAUCAGUGCUUUGGUUUCACGAAAUGCAGAGUCAGAUCAACAAGGUGUUGUCCAAGGAGUAAUAACUGGAAUAAGAGGUCUGUGCAAUGGCCUGGGACCAGCACUCUAUGGCUUUAUUUUCUUUCUAUUUCAUGUGGAGCUCAAUGAAUUGCCAGCAGAUCAGACUUAUGAAAAAAAGGCAAUGUUAGAUCCUGCAGACAAGAGGGCAGUCAUUCCUGGUCCACCGUUCCUAGUUGGAGCAUGUAUUGUUCUUCUGGCUUUUCUAGUCACCUUGUUUAUUCCUGAGCACAGCAAAGCCAGCAAUACCAGAAAUCAUAGCAACAGCAUCAGCAGUACUCUGAGCAACAACCUAGACUGAAGUAGUGAAGAGGACAUUGAACCAUUGCUGCAAGAUAGCAGUGUAUGAAGACUAACUUCUGAGGAGACCACAGAACAAUUAAUGCAGUGA